CCAACAUGGCGGCUGAAAUCGAGAUAAAUAGUUUGACCGAAAUUGAAGAUAUUGAGAGAGCAUACGCAUUGAUCCAGCAACAUGAGGAGCAGCUGGACCGAGAGCUGGAUGCUCUGCUUGAUGGGCAACAAAAGCUUGACACAAAAAUGAACUCUCUUCAAAAAGUUGUUCCCAACUUACAGGUUGUGUUACGAGAUGCUGAGAAACUUCACCAGAUGAUUGACCACACAGCAGAACUGGCUGAGAAAGUGAGCAGUAAAGUUCGCAAGUUGGAUCUUGCUAAGGGGAGAGUUCAAACUGCGAUUGACAGAACUGGAGAUAUUCUGGAUCUCAAGUCCUGUGUUGAUGGAGUAAAAGAAGCCUUAAAGAAUGAAGAAUAUGAACAAGCAGCUGGACACAUUCAUCGAUAUUUAACACUGGAUGAAAACACCCUACGAAAAACAGUGGAGGACAGCGAUGACUUAGAAGGUUCCGACCUAAAAAAUUCGUUCACAUUGCUGCACAAGGCAGAGGAAAAAAUCAAGAAAAUAAUCACAGCGAAAUUUGAUGAAGCUGUAAGAAAAUCUGACCGAGCAUCAAUUGAGAGAUUUUUCAAAAUAUUUCCACUUGUUGGCCUUCAUGAAGUCGGGUUGGAAAAAUUCGCAAGAUAUAUCAACGCACAGAUCGCUACUAAAUCACAGAAGAAUCAGGAGAAAGCCAGAGAAGUUCAAGACACGGAUCGCAGAGCCAGCGUCGUGUUUGCCGAGACGAUAACGAUGCUUUUCGAAGAUGUCGCGAGGAUUGUCGAAGCUCAUCAGCCACUAGUGGAGACUUAUUACGGACCUGGCCAUAUCUUCCCUCUCUUAAAAAAGCUUCAGGAAGAAUGCGACAGACAAGCGGAGGCCAUCACAAAUCAAUUCACGAAUAAGAGAGAUUUCUAUGCAAAGAUCAAAUCCAUCCGACAAAUGCCUUCAUCAAAAGGCUCCAGCGGCAAUCUUGAAAGAAUAGAUCCACGGACAUUGGACGUCCUUUUGGGAGAGAUUGUUCUCAUGAACGCCAGAACUGAACUGUACUUCCGCUUUCUGAAGAAACAAGUUGUUGCGGACAUGGAAGUAUUACCGGACGAAAACAAGGCUGAAGAUAUGCAGAAGAUGCUGGAAAAACUGAUAACGGACAGCGGUUUAAGUCGGAAAAUGCAGGAGAUAAUCGGAUCGUACAUCAUCAUGGAAGAAUUUUAUAUGCGGGAGACCGUGAGCAAGGCAAUCGAUGUUGACACGUUCGAAGGCGAUGAUGACGAAGCAGUGACGUCAAGCAUGGUCGAUGAUGUAUUUUUCAUCGUCCAGAAGUCGCUCAGGAGAGCAAUCACGAGUGCCAGCGUUGACGGAGCAUGCGCUAUGAUGAAUCAUGCCAGUACCCUGCUCGACACGGAUUACAAAGGAGUUUUUCAACAAAAGAUUAAACAAGGUUUUCCCUCCGGAAGUUAUGACAUCGCUGGCGUACUGCAAGGCAAACUACAGUCAGGAUUAUCUUCCAGUGUUGAUACAGCUUCCCUCAGAAAAGGAUUUCUCGUGACUCUAAAUAAUCUUCAUGCCACUUGUGAGAAUAUUCAGAAGUUGAAGCGAGAUUUAGACGUUGAAUGUGCAAAGCUCAGCACUCAAGCAGGCGGUGAACACACUUCUGGGAAACUCGAGAGCGGUCUGUCUGAUUUAUCAAACACGACCACAGUAUUCCGUGAUUUACUUCAGCUCGGCUGCCGUCAGUUGGCUGACGUGGCUGUUAUUCCACGGUUCAAACCACAGGUCGAAGGCUUCUCGUCGAUAAAUCACAACUUAACAGAGGACGAAUUCGCAAUUUACGAAGUUAACGAUCCAUUUGUCCAGAAUCUUAUUUCAACAUUGGAGUCUUCCCUUCUCGCGUUCAAGGGUCCGUUAGCUUCAGAAAAUUACGACUCUUUAGUUUAUAUAGUCACAAACGAAAUCGCAGCUUUGCUGGAAAAGGUUAUUCUCAAGUCAAAGUUCAACAGGCUUGGAGGUCUUCAGUUCGAUAAGGAACUGCGUUCCCUGGUUGGUUAUUUAACUGCAAUCACACAAUGGACGGUGCGUGAUAGAUUUGCAAGACUGACCCAGAUGGCCACCAUACUAAAUAUGGAGAGGGUGAGCGAGAUCAUGGAGUAUUGGGAUUCUAGUUCUGGGCCGCUGACCUGGAGACUGACACCAACGGAAGUUCGACAAAUUAUGACUCUAAGAGUUGAUUUUCGCCUGGAAGAUAUCAAUCGUUUAAAACUGUGACCUUAUUUUGUAUGGUCUGCUGACAGUAAUGUAUUAUAUAUGACAUCGUGACCAGCACUAGUUGUACGUGCGUCGAACGGUCAGACAAGCCAACGGAAACCGAAAAUGAUGAUUUUUAAAGUUUUGGAUCAGCAUUCUUUCAAAGCUGUCUCCACCAUUAACAAUAGCGUAGCCAGCCUGACGAUUUAGUCCCGUUUUAAACUGAGACAGUCGAAUCCUCAAAGAACUAGAUAUUCAUAAUGAUCUUGGAUAAAAUAGCAUGGUAGGAUUAAUAGUCAGCUAGCUAUACAGCACUGACAAUUAACACGACUCUGGGACGGUCACGGCCAUAAUGUGACGGUCAUAUUGAUAAACUAAGACAGGACAUCGAAGUAUAUAAAAAAUUGGCUCGAUUUUAAAUACAUAAGGAUAUAAUCCUAAUCUGUGGUCUUUGGCUGUCAUGUAUCUGACGUCAUUACGCUGCUGUAUUACAUGUAAAACGUGCGUGGGAACUAAUUGAUGUCUCGUCUUUUUACCUAUAUUUGAAAAAUUAUUUAU